GAAAAGAGCGACUCGAGCAUCGGAUCAGCACCGAGGAUCUGGCUGAGCUCACCUCUCCACUCUGCUGCCUCCAGCAGGCUGCUGAACAGAGACAGCAGAAACAAUACGCCUUCAGAAAAACACAACCCAAAAUCCACGAGAUUACACCUACAGUAUGCGACAAUAAGAAGAACUCCCUCUCUUCAAGCUUCUGCAAAAUUAAAACCCACCGACGCACCUUUUGUUGCGCUCAUCAUCAUCAUCAUCAUCAGCAGCAGAGAGGAGCAUUGAGGAGCAUUGAGGAGCAGACACAAGAAACAGCUGACCAGAGGAGCAUACUGUACAGCUUGGCAGCUUACAGAGUUGACAAGAGCUUCUCCAGGACCAGAACCUUCUGGAAACAAGAUGGAAGGAUCCCUCAUAUCUCUGAUGAAGUAGAGCCCUCACUAGCACACUCCCACCCUCCAUUACCACUUCCCUCACUUUCAAAGAGCUCGGACCUGUUUGCCAUGAUCGAGAGGAUGCAGGGUUGCAGAAUGGAUGAGCAAAGAUGCCCCCUCCCUCCCCCCCUCAAAACAGAAGAGGACUACAUCCCUUAUCCCAGCGUUCAUGAGGUUCUUGGACGCAUCAGCCCUUUUCCACUCAUCCUGCUGCCCCAGUUUGGAGGCUACUGGAUCGAGGGGACCAACCAUGAGCUCAAAGACCCACCGGAGGCUGAUCAGCCCCCCUCUCCUGCCUCUCACAUCAAACUGGAGACCAACAGCCUCGCCAAGAUCUACAGGAAGCAAUUCAUGGGCAAGGAACACUUUAAUUAUUACACCAUGGAUGCUGCCCUGGGCCACUUGGUCUUCUCCAUGAAGUAUGAUGUCAUUGGGGAUCAAGAGCAUCUGCGCUUGAUGCUUCGCACAAAGAUAAAAACCCACCAUGAUGUGAUUCCUAUUUCCUGCCUUACCGAGUUCCCCAAUGUGAUUCAGAUGGCCAAGCUUGUUUGUGAAGAAGUCAACGUGGAUCGGUUUUAUCCUGUCCUCUACCCAAAGGCAUCAAGGCUCAUUGUUACCUUUGAUGAGCAUGUGAUCAGCAACCACUUCAAGUUUGGGGUUAUUUAUCAAAAGUUUGGCCAGACAUCAGAGGAGGAGCUCUUUGGCAACAUGGAAGAAAGCCCUUCCUUUGUCGAGUUCUUGGAGUUUCUGGGCUACAAGAUUGAGCUCCAUGAUUUUAAAGGGUUUCGGGGUGGACUGGAUGUCGCUCAUGGGCAGACGGGGACCGAAUCCGUCUACACAAGUUUCCAUAAUAAGGAGAUUAUGUUCCAUGUGUCCACAAAGCUGCCUUACACGGAAGGAGACUCACAGCAGCUGCAGAGGAAGAGGCACAUAGGCAAUGACAUCGUAGCCAUGGUGUUCCAGGAGGAGAACACGCCCUUUGUACCCGACAUGAUCCAGUCCAAUUUCCUGCACGCGUAUGUGGUGGUGCAGGUGGAGAACGCGUGUACGGACAACGUCACCUACAAGGUGUCUGUGACGGCGCGGGAUGACGUACCUUUCUUUGGGCCCGCUCUGCCUGACCCUGCCAUCUUCAAAAAGGGCCCCGAGUUCCGCGAGUUCCUCUUCACGAAGCUCAUCAACGCAGAGUACGCCUGUUACAAGGCUGAGAAGUUUGCCAAGCUUGAGGAGCGUACACGGUCAGCCCUAUUGGAGACUCUGUACGAGGAGGUGCACAUCAACAGCCAGUCCAUGAUGGGUCUGGGCGGAGACGAAGAUAAGCUGGAGAACGGUGCCGGCGGAGGGGGAGGAGGCUUCUUCGAAUCCUUCAAGCGGGUCAUCCGCAGCAGAAGCCAGUCUAUGGACGCCAUGGGCCUCAGUAACAAGAAGUCACACACAGUCUCCACUAGUCACAGUGGCAGCUUUACCCACAAUCCCGCAGAGAGCCCCAAAACCCCAGGGAUUUCAUUACUUGUUCCAGGGAAAAGUCCCAGUAAAUAUGGACGCCGAGGCAGUGCCAUAGGGAUAGGAACAAUAGAAGAGUCGUUGAUCAUUCCCGGGAAAAGCCCGACCAGGAAAAAGUCUGGGCCCUUCAGCUCCCGUCGCAGCAGCGCCAUUGGCAUCGAGAACAUCCAGGAGGUCCAAGAGAGGAGCCGAGAGGUGUCGCCCAGCACCCAAAGGACACCGGAGGGCAGCUUCUUUUCACAGGAAAACAGAUCAGACAACUCCUCCAAUCACAGCUCUCCAGAAUUCCCUGCUACUAAGAACAGUUUGGCGAUGUGUUGCAGGGCGCCGUCCAUCCCCGAGGCUCAGGACCUUUCCCGCUCCUCGUCUAACGCCAGCAGCUUUGCCAGCGUCGUGGAAGAGCACGAGGCAGAGGAGGAGUACGACACUGGACUGGAAAGUGCGUCUUGUGUUACGCCACUCAAAGGAGAGUCAUUUGUCUACGGCUCUGCGGUGGAGGACAGUUCGUGCAGUGCCAGCCAGGGAAGUUACCCAGCAGCGACUCGUCUUCAGCAGCAACCGGACGGAGCGAAGACGUCAGAGCCGAAAGGGACAGACGGUCGACCCAAGACGGAGCGCCCCUCACAGGAGCACAAGUUCUCAUCGCAUUCCCACAAGAGGCAUCUUUUGCCAAAAAUGAGCCAAGGACGCGUGAACUCCACCACUGACGCAGAAGAGGAGCCGAGUUAGAAGCCAGAUCAAGAGACUGACGGAUCUUCCUUUGCGUGUUUGGCACAUGGAUCUGCUGCCUGUCAUGACAGACGCCCAGCUCCAUGGACAUGUACCUACCUGUCGCCCUCAUUCCAGCUCCACGUGGAACCCUCCUUGAAGGCUCGAGGCAAAAAGGAAAAGAGACCUCCACACCCACGCAGCAUCACUACUGACUGUCAUCCGCCAGCAGAAUAAGUCUGGCUGCCUGCUCAUUCUUCAGGCCAGUAAGAUCUGAAACCUGUAAACACUGUUGUGUGUCCUCUUUACAAGAUCAGGAUUUGAACAAGUUUAAUCUGAGAGAAAUAUACAAGACCGAUCAAACAACUGGUGUUUGUUUAGCUUGUGAAACAGUCUAUAGAGAGAGGGGGAGAGUUGCACUAGAGAGACAAAUGUUUUUAUUUUUAAUGUCAACCUCACAUCCCACUGUGAUAUUGUACAUGGGUUCAACUUUGAUGUACCGGGUAUGUGUGUGUGGCUGUCUGUCGGGCCACUCUUUGUGUUUUAUUGAUCUAUUCUUCUUCUUCUGAGUAUUCUGCAGUGGAUAUUUGUCGUGUUUGACGACAGCUUCGAUAAAUCUGUCUUGUUUUUGAUGGAGGGUACUUCUGUGAUGCUGCUGUUGGUGGCAUCAGUCGCCUUCCUCCUACAGUAGGUGGGUAAAAUAUACCACAGGAAAUGCAUCCUUGAUUUUUAAAUUAAAAAAGUUUGUAAAAAACAAUAUUUUAAGUUAACUUUAGACUCAAAUGAUGAUUUAUAAUUAGAGUACAAAUGACUGUAGUGCCCCAACCAGCAACGUGCAUCCUCGAUCCACACGUCAAGGUCCUGCUGUUUAGACCUUCGUCUCCAAAUCCUCUUUGUCACACACCACUUGUUGAUUUGAUGUGUGUGUAUACAACGGUACUGUGCAUGGUGUAAAUCUGCUUGCCAAAAAAAAAAACCUGUCCUCUGUACACUGGUGCCAUGCUUGACAUAGAGGUGUUGUCCCUGUGAUUUGUGUUUUUAUUGAAAAACCAGCCAACAUCUCCAGACGCAGUGCACAUUGCUGAUAGAGAGCCAAAUGUCACAGUUUCCUACUUUUUAUUUGUAAAGUGUUAAUAUAUGUACCGUGACCCUAAGCACUACAUUUUCAGAGUUAUUUCGAAACACUGACCUUUAUUUUUUUUUUUUAAAAACAACCUGAUUUGUUGCUGAAUAUGAAUUACAAGGUGACUCGUCGUCUUGAAGUUGCCUUUCUAAUGAUUGUGAAGGAGGGGUCACAUUUAAAAAGGCACCACGUUGCCGGCUGGCUUGAAUGUAAAACUAGGAACACAUGUAUUUAUUUAUACAUGAUUAUCUGCCACAAUGAAUGGGGAUACUGUGUCACCUUUUCAUGAGCGGAGAAGCUUUUUCCUGUCUUCAAUUUGUUAUGGAGGAAAGAGCUGAUGAGCGGGAGUUUAUUCCAGUGACACGACUGAAGCGGACAUGAGGUUUAUUGUGAAUUAAAGGCCGCAUUUACAGUUUGUGACAGUACAAAAGGUUUAAGACACUGGACCAAAUGCAAAAACAGCCUGUACACUGUAAUCAUCAAGCUGUUUAUAACUACAAAUCACAACAUUUAA